UCCAACCAACCAGAGAGCAGAAAGACUUCAGGUAAUGGCCAGGCUUCGGGAAGAUAAGACGCACGACUGAGUUUCUUCUUUUCCUCUUUAUCCACCCUUUUCGCAGAAGGUUCUUGCCAUCGUUCGGGAGGCAUGGAAGCGAGCGUCAAGACCGAGAGGGAUCGCCACGCCAACCCCGACAGUCUGAGGUCUUUCCGGACCGCCGUGGAGGUUCUGAAGCAGCGGAACUCGGUGUCCAUCUUCACGGUUCCUACCGCGCCCGUCCAGGGGGUGCGAGCAGGAGGCUGUGCUGCCGACGCCAAACGGGGCCAGCCAAAGGCCAUUCGGCCUGAAGGGUCUCCGCCAGCAAGAUCCAAAGCAGGCCCCGAGCAUGCUCAGGAGCAGAAGGCGGGGGAACACAUGAGCCUGAGGCAAAAGGCAGCAGAGGCAGACAGGCAGACAACAUCUCCUGCGAGUCCUGCCCCAUCACAGAGUACGAGCCAGAGAGGACCAAGGGCUCGUUUUCCAGGAAGGAGAGGCCGUGGAAGGAAGCAUGGCAGCGCAAGUGCUCCCUCGGUGGCCAUGGCCACAAGGGGGUAUAACUCAGCACCUCUCGUCGAGGCUUCUCCUAUGGCUUCGAGCCUCCGGUGGAAGUCGCGGUCCUUGCCACUUCCCGGCGACACUGUGGCUGGCAAUUCAUCACCGAGCGAGCCGGAGUUGUCACAAUUGCUGCAGCAGUUGCAGGGUGACAACACAGUGAAGCGUGUACGUAAGAACGGGUCGGGCAGCCAAGUCACGCAGCCGAACGAGGCCCUCUGCUCAACACUGGACCAAACCCCAAGGCAGCCCUCCUCCUUGCGACUGCCGCGCAGGCGACAGCAGCACAGAAGGCAGCUCAUGGUUAGGCCUCUCUAUAGGAGGAUGACCCUCCACAUCAUGCUGCCACAAGCCCAUGAGGAGGCACAGAGGAUCUCCCAUGUGCUCAACGAGGUUGCAAAGGCCUUUCAUUGUGAUGUAGAAAUGUGCGAGGCCUACCAGGACGCUACGGAUUGUGGGGGAAUGCUGUACUUGCCAGUAACUCAGUGCACACGUACCCCCUUCGUGGCCGCAGAUGGUGCGUGCUCCUGGCCUCAUUCGCACGCCUACAGGGGCCAGGCAGAGGGAAAGGAAACCCAUAACGACGCCUCUUGCGAGCGCCAGAAGGCAAGCAGGAUCCCCGAUCAGCUGACACGAGGGGCGUUCGACCAGGAAGUGCCCCAUACGUUAUACCCGGAGGUUAUUCUCACUGAAUCCCCUCCAGAGGCCAACAGUUAGAGGCAACCAAGAAGCAGGAUGAAUACUGCGAUGUCAUAUGAAACCGUCAUUUCAGGAACAGUAAUAUUUUUUUUAUUUAUCUUUGUCACCAUUUGUUUUCACCGAAUGAUUGAGAGAGUUUUCCCUUACUAUUUCAUCAUUUAUUAUUUUUGAAGGAACGUAGUUCUUUGUGUUGGGAUUUUCUGCUCGUAUUAUUAUCUUUGAAAGAAAUGAAUUGUCAAAUGGGUGACUUAUUUGAACUUUCUAAAGAUCCAGAAAUUUUGGAACGAUGCCAUUGUCGCUAUCUAAGUUAGCCGAGAAGCACAGCGAUUUCCUUUGUAUCUAUUCCUACUAUACUGUAGGUGAAUUUAUAUAUUUCAUUAAAAUUUAUUGGUUGGGAAAGGGAUAUCAGAUGUUACAGAUUUUGAGCAUCUUUUGAUUAUAUUGUAUAGGCACACAUUUAUAUCUAUUUUUUCACUUGAUUUCCCCAAAAGCUGUUCUAUAUUUUUGCUUUUGCCUUCACAAAGGAUGAUUUGGGAGGCUCAGGUGGACGGAACUGGUCGAGGGGCCUUGCCUCAUUUUAAAUGGAAUGUUUUUUAUUGUUACGGUUUUAUUAUUUUCUUCCCGCUCUGUUUGUUUUUUUCUUUGCACCUCCUCUUCCUUCGC